GACUGGUGUGUCAAGUAUUGAUAUAGCGAAUGGUGGGACGGACGGCGAUAUUGUCCUCAAACCGCACUCUCUGAGACAGAUAAGGUCUAACCUAAAAGAAAGGAGGGCAUACGUGUAGAAUCGAGCUGUUCGGGUUUACAGAAUUCCAUAUUGAUGUUUUGGAGUUACUUCAAGUUGUGAAAGUAUUCAGAUCGGAUUAUCACUGAUCCUUCGUUCUUUGAAGUGUGUGGUUUCCUCGACGUUUCUUGCAGCCCCUUUGGAGGUGGCAGUACCAGCUUGUGAAUUGUGGUUUUCAUAUAGUCUAGUAUUGUAAACAAUAAGAAAGAGCCAUGGAUCAACCAGGAGAAAACAACCAUCUUGAGAACAUCAGCAAGACGAUGUACAUGUUCAGGGACUACAUGUUGCACGUGAUGGGCUUUUUAUUCUUCCGCUUCACGCGUUCACUUGUGGUCACUUUUCAGAAGUUCACGUGGGCCAUCACGGGCGUGCUGCGGAUUAGACGAGACGCGAAACGGGGCCUAAACUUCAAGCAGAGUGCGCAUGUCACGGAGAUCUACUGGAGGCGGAAGUUCUUACCCAUGUUAGUAGCGGACCCUAGCAACUUUAUCACUCUUCACAAGGGUUUCAAGCACCCCAGUUAUGUACUGAAACCACACAUCUCAUUGUACUGCAUGACUCGAGAAGAGGCGGUGUUCGUGGAAACCCCGGAAGAAAUCAGUAUCAUUACGAAAAGCCAUAAGAACCUUCCACUGUAUCAGAUCCAGUUCGAAAAAGCCGUGAGAGUCAUCACAAUGCCAUUGGCAUCUUUCCACAAAAUAGCCUCUGACGUCGGCAAUCCCCGGAUUCCAGUCAUUUGGCUGUCCAGCACCGGCCACUGUGGCUCAACCCUGCUGAGCAACAUGUUCCGCAGGGUUCCGGGCAUGGCGCUGUUCGCGGAGCCAGACGUGAUAACGACCCUGGGGUUCCUGUGGAAGAACAAGUCCCUGCAGCAAGGGGAGUAUGAACAACUGUUGGCCAGCGCAGUCCGUCUGCUGUGCAAACCAGACGACCAGGCUGGCAUUGUUUGCGUGAAGACCAGACCGUGCGCCACUCGAUUGAUGGAAGACAUAAUGAGGAUGUUUCCCAAGAUUAGAACCAUCUUCAUGUACCGAAACAGCAUGAAGACCGUGUCGUCGUACCUGGCCCUGCAUCAGAUGGACCCGGCGCCCCACGCCAUGCGCUUUAUAAUGGACAACAACGUCAUGUCGACGAUAUUGCCGUUCUUCCGAACGAUCGUCUACGACAACUACGCCAAGGUGAACGAGAAGGAGAUCGCAUCACUGAAGCCAUCUAAGAUCUCUUCCGUCGGCAUCUACACGGCCGCGUGGGCUGCGGCCGUGGCGCGUUGUAACGACUGUCGCGAGAAAGGAUAUCCCGUGUUACCAAUAAUAUUCGAGGACCUCAUGAAGGAUCCCCGCCAGAGCUGCGCGGUGCUGUUUGGGCUGCUAGACAUCCGGAAAGAGUACCUGACAAUGGCUCUGGAGGCCUUCAAGGUGGACGUCCAGAGAGGAACCAAACUGUUGGUGAUUACGGAAACGAAGCGGACCAUAUCACAGGAGCACAGGGCGGAGGCCAACGCCAUUUUGAAGAAAUACGGACUGCCGAAACUCGGUGAACGUUAUGAAGUGACGGGCCUCGUAAAAUUUUAAUGUCUCUCCUGUGUUUGUGGAACAAGACUGUAAAACCACACAAAAAUGUACUUGACUUCAAUAAUUGUAAAACUAUAUCAGUUUUAGAGAUAGUGACUCUACAAACUGGUUGCUCUGUAGGCAAGCAUCGCGUUUAUGGCUAGGUCUUAAAUUAAGGCAAUGUGGGUGGUUGGGUGUACGGCUUGGGAAAGGAAGGAUACAAGGCUGUUAUACAGGGGAGAUUAUUGUUGGUAAUAUUGAAUACAUCUUAAUGGCCCGAAUAUACCUCUAGGGUCACACUUUCAACGCACGGUGACUUUGCUUAAAUCGACGAGCAGAAAUGUUACGCCCUUAUAAAGAAGUAAGCCGGAGUGUGACAAUUCUUGAAAAGAAAUGACUAUGCGUUGUUCAGCACAGACAUAUAUACAUCAGACGCAAUUUUAUACCAACCCAUCAGGCACGGGAUCCGGGGAGGGGGAACAGGCAAGGGGAGGGGGGAAAUUACUUACACAUGUGAACAAAUAGAAUUUGUUUUUGAGUUUACGCAUGAGCACUUUAAAGGGACAUUCCCGAGUUUGCUGCAUUGUAAGAUGUUUCCGACCAGUAAAAUAUUUCUACGAUAAAAUGUACAUAGUAAAUACA